GUCCGACAGGAUCGUCGUCAGGUCAACUCGUUUAUUGGCGACAUGAAGGACGGUUGGAGGAGGAACGGUUUGGCUUCCCGGUCGAGCCAGUCCACCUUCCAGCCGAUCCGCUCACCUUAAACAUGACCCCCUCCCCCUUCCCUAAACUCCAUGGAAUCUGGAUCCUUUUUCUUCUUUUUCCAAUUUACCUCGCUGUCUCACUCUUGUUCAACACGGGGUUAGACAUUGUCAUCCUUCGGUAUUCUUUUGUAUAGUCCUUACAGAGUAUCUCUGAACCUAUUUGUCCUCUCCCUUGGCUGUUCACCCUUUGACUGGCCCAAAGCGUGACAAUUCAUAGAGCGCGGCUCCUCGUAUUUUCCGAAUCUUGAUCGCUGCGACUGUCGCUUGCAAAAUCAAUUAUAUGGCAACGAGACAGUGAAUACUGAGAGAACCACUCCUCUCCGAAUAUGAGGUUCGAUUUCCUAGCGCUGGCCGCCGUAGCCAGCGCAUCAACACUUACGCCCAAUGUCCUGCCGUUGUUUGUCCGCAACCCGUACCUGAGUACAUGGCUGGGAAAUGCUCGAAAAGCACCAUGGGAGGAUUGGCCCAUGUUCUGGACUGGGUCUCACCUGGGGUUUUCGGUCAUGGCAUCAGUUCCCGACUCCGGCAAGAUCUAUCCCCUCAUCGGACGACCUCAUGAUUCCAUUCAUCACGGGCACAAGCUCUACAACAUCACCUUCCCUGAAUACCUAGGCCCUACCUUUGACGCCUCGACCACGAACCUGACUUACCUUCUCCACGGAUCUUCCCCAGACGAGCCAGUGAAAAUUACACUUUCGUUCCUCUCCCCCAUCACCCCGUCAUCCACCCUCCGACAGUCGAUACCUGCCGCGUAUUUGACCGUCAUUGCCGAGGGCUGCUUCGACGUGACGAUUUACACAGAUGCCAAUGGCGAAUGGGUUAGCGGAAAUAGGGCGAACGAAAUCAAGUGGGAUUUGCACGAGCCCAAGGCACCAGAAGAAAGCUCGGAGGAUGCAACACGCAUCAAGACCUGGAAGUGGUCACGUCAGACAGAGCAACACUUGACCGAAUAUAAUGAUCACGCUGAAUGGGGAACCCUACACUUCACCGGUCCGGCCGAUGCCCAACAUGAAGCGGGCACGUCUGACAUUCUUCGUCAACACUUUGCUGAGAAGGGCUAUCUGCGGAAUCAAAUUGACCGGGACUUCCGUCGCAUCAUGCAAGAAGAGCCCGUGUUCGCUUUUGCGAAGACCUUCAAACUGGCCGGGGAGUCCAAAAAGAAGGGCUACUCAAAGACAGAAGACAACGUGGUUUUCAGCUUUGCUCUUGUCCAGGACCCAGUGGUACAGUUCGCUUCCGCUAGGGGUCUGACGCUCAUGAAACCGCUCUGGGCAUCCCACUUCGCCUCGCCCGACGAGCUAGUCCGUUACCACUACAACGACUUCAAGACUGCGUCUUGGCUGGCCCGGAACUACUCCGAAUCGCUCGCUCGCGAUGCCUUUGAGUCCGGAUCGGAGAGUUAUCAAGACAUCGCGGCUCUUUCUGCUCGCCAGGUACUUGGUGCCACUCAGUUCUCCGGAACCCCUGAUGAUCCCAUCAUCUUCCUCAAGGAAAUCUCGUCGAAUGGCAAUUUCCAGACCGUGGACGUCAUCUUCCCUGCGUUCCCCUUCUUCUUGUAUACCAACCCCAAGUGGCUCGGUUACCUCCUCGAGCCGCUGCUUGAGCACCAACUGAGCGGACAAUACCCGAACGACUACAGCAUGCAUGAUCUCGGCGCCCACUUCCCCAAUGCCACCGGUCACAGCGAUGGCAACGAUGAGUACAUGCCAGUCGAAGAAUGCGGAAACAUGCUCAUCAUGGGAUUGGCCCUCGCCAAUGCCUUCCGCUACGAUACCGAACCCGCCUUUGUUCAGGCCGCUGCCCCUGGUCAUUUUGCCAGCCCCAUCCCCUCAGCCAAGGACUGGUCACACUCCGUAGACAACUACGGCUUCGACCUGCACGGCUACCGCGACCGCAAAACCGAUCUCCAAACCACCGGAUCCAAAGCCGCAGAAAAAUGGCUAACCCGCUCCUACUCCCUCUGGAAGCAAUGGACCGGCUACCUCGUUCGCGAGUCGCUGAUCCCGCACAACCAGCUCUGCACCGAUGAUUUUGCUGGGUGGCUCGCCAACCAGACCAACUUGGCAUUGAAAGGCAUCAUUGGCAUCAAGGCCAUGAGCGAGAUCGCGGAUAUUGUUGGCCACGAAGACGAAGCCAAGCAUUACCGCAAGAUUGCGGCUACUUACAUCGACAAGUGGCAGGAGUACGGCAUCUCAAGAGACCAGACGCAUGCCAAGUUGGCGUAUACGUGGUAUGGAUCGUGGACGACGAUAUAUAACCUUUAUGCGGACUCGUUGUUGUGUUUCCAUGUUCCUUCUUCAUCUUCGUCCUCAUCUUCGUCAACCAAGCACCACCAAGACGAACGAAGAAAGCGGGGUUUCGGCCGCUGGUUCGGCAUUACUGAAGACCAGAAACCCAUUGGCGGCGGCGGCGGUGACGGUGACGAUGGUGAUGAUGAUACCGAAAAACCGUUCAUCCCAGAUAAAGUCUACCAAAUGCAAAGCGAUUGGUACUCCGCCGUGCUACAAAAGUACGGCCUACCGCUCGACUCUCGACACUUGUACACCAAGAGCGAUUGGGAGUUUUUCGCGGCGGCGGUGACGGGGAAGAAGACGAGGAUGGAGAUGUUGGAGGCCAUUUCGUUGUGGGUUAAUGAAACUGUUACUGACCGUCCUCUAACCGAUCUCUACGAUACCGAAGGGAAUGGUGGAUAUCCGGGUAUCUACUUCAUGGCGAGACCGGUGGUUGGUGGUCACUUUGCUUUCUUGGCGCUGGAGAGGGCUUGUGGUGGGAAGGCGGUGGAGGCGCUGAGGUUUAUGGAUGAGGAGCCGGCGGCGAAGAAGAUGGUUGAUAUUGAUGAGGCUUUGAAGGCUGAUAUGCUGGAGGCUAAGCGGGAUGGUUGGGCUCGUUGGGUUGGUGAUCUUUGAGUGUGUUGGAUUGUGGAAGUCGUGACUCUUGGAUAUUGUUACUCUAUCGAGACGUAACCGAAUGAACCGGCUUUUUCAGUACCUAAACUUCGAGGUUGUAGCCCUUCAUUAGUCUUUCCGUGAUAGCCGGGUUGGUCAAAAUUUGGAUGCCCUUGUGAAACACGAUUGACUGCCGAGUUUCCUCCAAUGUUGAUCUGAUCGUGAUAUUUCAAGGUAGGGAUGGAUGGUAGAAGCAGGGAGCUAUAUCGAGCCCAGGGAUGCGGCGCAUUGGCACCUGAAGAGAAGUUGAACAGCAACGGCGAGGAGAGUUGAAUUAAUUCACCUCGGAAUCGCCUCACACCAACAUUUCACCUUUAGUGUAGUGGCUUGUUAGGCGGCGUGACCUCACAUCAGCUUUGUCAGGUGAAGUUCCCGGUGAAGUCGGCGAGGUCGGCAAGUCCCCAUCAGCUGAAAAAAGUCCCC